CAAUCAUUUGCGAUGUAUUACGUAUCCGUGCGUCUUUCCUUCGGUCUACUACUACCUUUUGCGGCUGCUUCCUUUAGAGCUAGCGGGUUGCACCCACGGGGUGUACAAAACAAGUUUGACCCUGGCAUUUCAUUUCGGUGGUUUUACAGCAACCUUUUCAUAUGAAAGCUGCAAUAGUAACCUGCUCUAGAGGGGCGACGCUUCCUUACGGCGGUCGGCUGCACAUUUCGGAUGUGCUUCGUGAGCUUAGCGUCCCUGCAUUGGAAGCUUUCGUUGAAGCUUUGCGGAAGUCGAAGGACGUCCAAAAUGCACGCCUGGCUUGUCGCGAGUUGCGCGACGUAAUUGACCAAAACAUGCGGGAAGUUAAGCUGAACGUACGGCAUCAAGACCAGAAAACCUGGGAGCCAAGCGUUGUGCCAAGCAUGUCACGUUGGCACCUUUGCAGCUCUGUAACCCUCAACAUCACUGGUGCCGAGGCUUUCGAUCAGGCGCAGGUCGCGCACAUCAUCUCAACAUGCUUCCAGUGCCUUAAACGUGCACCGCGGCAGACCCGGAGGCGUAUUAAGCGGCUGACGCUGCAGCUGGAGCCGCGGCUGCGCGACACAGACGACGAGCACAUGGAGACUGUCUUGUCAGCGCUGCUCCUGAGGCUGCCGGCACUAGAGGAGCUGGAGCUGCACGGACUAGGUGGCAUGAUGUACAAUCCGAUGGCACAGCGGUCCAUCUUCGACAGCCUUGCCUCCCUGCGACACCUCCAGCGACUUACCCUGCCAGGCGACGUGCUCGAGUACCUUGACGUCUUGGCUGGCAGCAACAGCAGCUUGAGGUGCCUGCAUGUAGACGGCGGUGCAGGCGCUACUGAGGACGUACAGCUGGACCCCGCCACGUUCGACUCCAUCAGCCAGCUAUCUUCGCUGCAGGAACUGCGCUUGGAGAGGUUUAUCAUUGCAGAUGAGUUUGAGGAGUCUUUCUAUACGCCCAAAGGCCACUCCUCACUGCGGCUUUUGCUGCGCAGCCUGCCACCCUCACUGCAGCUGCUGCAGCUCCACUACUGCGAUUGCUUGGCCGCCAGAGGAGUCUCCCUGGACCUCCGACUGGACGCGGGCCGUGUCCGCGAAGCAGAACUACCGAUGCAGGAUACUGACCUAGAUUUCCUAGCAACCAUACUUGGCCCUGGUGGUUUGAUGCCGCUCCUGCUGGGAGAGGGCACGCAGGGCACACAGCAGCGGCCUCCACAGCCGCAGCAGCAGCGGCGGCGCUUGGAGCGAUUCCGUAUCAAUACCUUGGUAGAGGUGGAAGAUAAGGACCCGCUGCCUGAGGAUAAGGUGGAUUCUCUCAAGGCGCUGGGACGUAGUGUUUUAAAGCUGGAAAUCGGUCGUGUCAGCACAAACGUCUACGUGAUGUCAAAUCGAUUGCAGCAAAUCCUGGAGCUGCAACCUGCGCCGCAGCGGUUUGAACUAGAGAUCCCUAUGUACGGCGAAAACAAAGACCUGCCUGAUGACGACCCCGAUACCUUUCCGAUCAUGAUACGGAACGUACGGCAGGCGACAAGUAGCAUCAUGCAGCAGCCAGUGGCUGAGGCAAGCGGGGCCGUCGGCGGCCAAUCCGCUCCCCCCUCCCUACCUGCGCCACCGCAACCAGCAUCGCCGCCGCCGCCGUUGCCCUCCACGCGAGAGCUGAUCCAGCGCAUGGUGCCACACAUGAUGACUGGACCUGCUGCUGUGGCGGGGCCAGCAGCGGAGGGUACGCAGCACUCCAGCCUUGCUAUGGCCACUGGAGCAGGGGCGGCAGCGCCGACCACUUCUGCCCUCCCCGACUGGAUGGCCACUAGUCCGCAAGUGCUGCUGAUGAAGGGCCCGUUCAUGGCGUUGCUGGCCCAAGAUGAAGGCUUGCUGGAGCAGUGGUUGAAGACGUUGGAAAAGCGGGCAGCCGCCCUUACCGCGUGUGGUGGCGUCGGCGGAGGACGACGCUGCAUUGUUCGGUAUCUGGUUCUGCCAUCCACCGACGCUGUGCUUGUGGGGUGUAACCCGGGUACCGCUGCAACAGUACUGCAGGCGGCGACAGCAAUCAUGCAAGCAGCGCAGGGAGUGGCAGCCUCCACUGCAGCAACAGCAGCAGCAGCUGACGCCUCACUGCAGGUGUUGCCAGUGGCGCUGAGGGAGGCUCCCUCGCGAUUCUUGGAGGGGUUCCUCGCGCACUUCUUCUUGACUGUCUUUGAGCAGGUGGUGCAGGAGGCGUGGGACGCCGCAACGGAAGCAGGCGGUCCCGAUGUGCUGCGGCGGCAGCUGGAGUGGCUGCUGGGGCUGAUGCAUGAUGUGUGGGACUUGAUGCCGCUGUCCAGACCGCUAGAUUAGUUGCCGGGAGGGGGGGGGGCUCACCUUGCCUCGCGGCUUGUAGCGUACAUGCUUGCUGGGGCCGUCGGCGAGUGGACAUGGGGGCAGGGAAUGAGAGGGGUACCGGUAUGCAUGCAUGUAUGCAUCCGUCGUGACGAUUUGUGCUGUGGGCGUGAUACUUGUGUCGCAUUCACACCUACCUUUUGCGGUGCUACAGCGGGCACAUGGUUAUGUGUGCAUAUAUAGGAUGCCGGAGAUGUGCAGUUGGGACGGAAGCGGGAGCUUCAUUUCGGGGAUGCUCGUCCUUCACACUAGGGAGGUCGCUUCAGGGCCUUCCGGGGUUAGGAGAGUGCCCUCCUAGCAAGUGUGGAAAGGAGCAACGGGAGGUGACGGCAAUGCAUGCAUAUAUCACAAUUACUGUACGGCAACGUUGUUUCUAUCAAAGAUGUGAGGAAUGGUGUUCUUGGCCAUUCUCAGGACCUUUGACCUUGCUCGUGGCAUGCUGUACGACUGUGUUCGUGGGUUUGGGGCGUAUUGGCUCGGCAAGCCGGUGUGUCGCGUGCCUGGUUGUGAUCGCUGCAGAGAGAAGGCGUAUGGUAGGAGUUGUGGUACAGCAGGGUAAGGUUAUCUACACCGCAACAACACCAAUGAUGGUGCUUCGGCGGCAGCUUGUGCAUGCCAUACUGCGAGCUGCUCUUGACAAACGAAAGCAGUAGCCGCAUUUAGGGAAUGGGGCUAUCGGUGGAAGGGUUGCUUCUUGAAUGAAUGAUCGUGUCAAUGGUUCCGAUGGUGCUUCUUAUCAUCUUAUGGUCAGCUGCCCCAUGCGCCCGAGGCCUGCAGGAUGACAGUAUGACACCCUGCAAGGCACAAGCAAUUGUCAACGGGUUACGGGGGCUCGGCUGGGCCCUGGCGUGCUGGCUCCGCACUUAUCUCCUGGAUAAAAAGGAGAAAGCAUUCUUGCUGCAGUGUAGUGAAAUGUCCAAAACCCACACGAGGAGCAGGAAGCAGCGUGAGCGUGGGGUAGUCGGAGGCUACCAGCACGCGGAUGUGGGGGUUAGCGUUUAGCUUUGUAACUUGAGUACCGUUUUCACGCGGCAGCAGGCUGGGAUGCAAGCCAAUAUGUUGGGGGCCUGGCGGUUGAGGGUGUUGUGGCGGCAACUGCAGUGGUCGGGGGGACUGCGGUAUAUGGUUCUUAGGCCAGCUCUUGAAGCUUGACUUUCAUUGAAGUCUCUUGCAGUUUGAGGGUAAAUUGACCAGCAAGACAUGCAACGGAUGCAAGCAGUGUUGCACAUUUACAGUAGAAUCCACGUAUCUUAGUGACAGUCGUACGCAAGCUCGUUGGCUGGCUUACUCCUGCAACAUGUAGAAUAAGAUUAACAUUGUAUGCAAAAUUUUUUUACGUCCAUCGGGCCGCUGCACUGUUGAUGGUACUUGUGGCUGCUUCCAGCUUUCAACCCACGGUGUGUUUAAAUCCGAAACUUGGCUUCGGCAAUUAGGCUUCGGUGAUUAGUAUACUUCGCAGUAUGCGAGCUGCAAAAGUUAGCUCUGUUGGGGCAACGCAUCCUCGCAAUCGUCAGCUGCACCUUGCGGAUGUGCUUCGUCAGCUUAGCGUUCCUGCUUUGGGGGUUUUCUUAGAUACCUUGCGGAUUAAUAAUGAUAUCAAGAAUACUCGCUUGGCUUGUCUCGAGCUGCGCGACGUAAUUGAUCAAAACUUUCGGGAAAUUAAAGUUUAAUUUUGGCGUCAAGCAAAAAUGUGGUUUUGGAGCGCCUUAAGCCCGCAUCAGGUCGAUGUACGGCGUUCCUGGUUGACUGUUUACUGCUGGAGUUGACUUGCUUACUGGCUCUUUACUCCUAUGUUGCUGACGCUGUCUACUUGCUGGCUGUUUAGGGCCGCGGUUGGUUGAUCUUUAGGCGCCUCCGUAAGAUUUUAGUUUGCUACGGCGAUUAUGCACCUCUUACGGCAGCAGACAGGGCCUCUGGUAACAACACAGAGAAAAGAACCCCCAAGCAGCUGAGGCCCAUCUAAAUAAGUCAACGCAACUCCGCAAUGACCGUUAGCCAUACAGUACCAGCCAUGCCGCAACAACAUAAAUAACGAAGAAUUACGCGCACGUUUGGGCUCGCGCAGCCUUAUGUGCAAAUGCUGAGAAACGUGGAAGCCAUGACAGCUCGGAACCGCAGCCGCGCCAGCCAGGCCCUGCAGUCACUUCUGUUUGCGCUAACCAGUGACAAUGAAACGCAGUUUAUGGCAGGUACGGAACUAUGGUAAACUAUGGCAGCCGGAACACUUCCGCGCCUUCACGGCCUCCGCAACGCUAGCUCAAGGCCCUUCGACUGCCGGGUCGGCGCCCGCACCGGCACUCCGCCGGCAUCCAUACGUCGAUUUCCGCAGCUUUCCAGAGCCCGAGGGGCCGCACAGCACGCAGUGUUCGCUCGCAGCGACACUCGCCGCAGGCCCUGCGUGUGCAGGGGGAGGCAGCACGCCCAGCCACCCAGCUCAUUUAGGGAUGAGGCAGCGGCGGGUGCGCCGCCGCUUCUGAAAGCGACUGCAAUGGUGAGUCCUGCCCUCCGGUCGACAGGCCUUAGGGGGCUGCGUGAUGUGUCGUCACCCUGCCGUCGGGGGAGACGAGGCGCAGGUACCGCGAGAAGGGCCCGCCCGACUGCGCCGCGAGCGUAAAGGGUGUGCAUGCCGCGAGAAGGGCAUUGCGCUGUGUUGUUACCCCUCCGUCGGGGGAGAGAGGCGUAGGUACCGCGAGAAGGGCCCGCCCGACUGCGCCGCGAGCGUAAAGGGUGUGCGUGCCGCGAGAAGGGCAUUGCACCGUGUGUUGUCACCCUGCCGUCGGGGGAGACGAGGCGCAGGUACCGCGAGAAGGGCCCGCCCGACUGCGUCGCGAGCGUAAAGGGUGUGCAUGCCGCGAGAAGGGCAUUGCAUUGUGUCGUGUGAUCUAUGUAUUGGCUUGACCACCUGCCAUGACCUGUAUAUUGCCGUGACCACCUGCCGAGGCCUUGUGUACUGAUGUGUUCUUUUCUGGAAGCCACCGGGCGUGCGGGACCUCCUGCUGGUUACCCCGGGCUGCCGACCGCCUCGGCAGCCAAAGCGGGCCGCGCGCGUCGCGGCUCCCCCCCUCUACGCUGCCCCCCUUCCCCUAGCGCCCCAUUCCUCCUCGCAGGCAAUUGAGAGGAAGACAUGCGGCAGAUGCGUGGGUCCAAUCCAGCUGGCACGGGCCUGGCGACAGACCGCCGCGCAAGACAGCAUGGCGUCAGUGCGGCGUCCAUUUCCCUACCUCUCGCAACGCUGCGGCACGGGAACCACUUUUCCAGCCACCAUGGUAACCUCAACAGCAGCCGGGCUCACGGAGCUGUACGACCCUCACGCGCCCACGUGGGACGGUGCCAACUGCUGCGUCGUCUCAGAUCAUGACUGGGUGGUGGGGGAUUCUCAGAGUAGUAACCCUCACCGACGCAGCGGCCUUGUUGCAGCCGGGGGCGCAGGCGGAGGUGCAGGACGAGAGGACCUGACAGCGACCCUGCAGCUGCGGCCCGCCGCCUCUGGUGUUGCGGCGCUGCAGCGAGCUAGCCGGCCUUCGGGAAUUUGGAGGUCCACGGGUCCCUGGCUUCGGACGAGGAGAUCACGGAGCAAGACCAGAGUAGGGGGCUUUUACGGGCGAGGGGACCUUCGCGGUUGUGGGCGCCGCGGACCAGCUGGCUAUCAGCGUUUCUACAGCCACAGCGGGGCUACGGCUCAGUCGAGGCCGGUUAGUGACGCUAUUGCGUGUUCGUGGACCCACGGCUGUUGGUGAUUAGAGGCCACGUGAGCGUGCACCAGUAGAAUCCGCAUGCAGGAAGCGACCGAGUCGAACUGGGUUGGGGGGGUUGUUCGUGCACCUGCAUGCGGUUGCCUGUCCGGCAUAGUAGGCAGCGGCAUGGCAGGCACACCUGCGGGCGGCCCAGGCCGGCGCAGUGCAUUGUACUCCCCCAUUUCCAGUUAACACCCCUCUUUGGGCUUGGGGAUGGGUGCGUCGGAAUUAAGGCUAGCGGAGGCUGUAGGGGACGUGUUUGCAGACGAGCUAGGUGACGUAGGAAGUCAGGUCCUGACACCCUUGAAUGGUUGCGAGUUUUGUUUAGGGCUGCUGCAGUGCUGUGAGUAACUGUGCGUCUAGCCGGCACACGUGCUUGUAAGUUGUUAUAACUGGGUUACUUCGCGCCGUGCAUCCAGGGAGGGC